GUGACCCGGCGGCAGGGCCCGGUCGUUAUGGGCGACACGGCGGCGGGGUGCGGUUCGGCGCCGCCCGAGCUGUUGCUCGAGGCCGAGGUGCGCCUGCUCGAGUGCAAGGUGUGCUUCGAGCGGUUCGGCGCCCGCCAGCAGCGGCGCCCGCGCAACCUGCCGUGCGGCCACGUGCUGUGCCUGGCCUGCGUCGCCGCCCUGGCGCACCCGCGCUCUCUGGCGCUCGAGUGCCCGUUCUGCCGACGGGCUUGCCGCGCGUGCGACACCAGCGACUGCCUGCCCGUGCUGCACCUCCUAGAGCUGCUGGGCGCCCCCGGGCCUCCGGGCCUCGCCGCGCCCGCCGCCGCCCCCCGGGCCCUCGCCUGCCACCAGGCCUUCGGCGGCUGGGGGACCCUGGUGAACCCCACGGGGCUGGCGCUGUGCCCCGAGACCGGCCGGGUCGUGGUGGUGCACGACGGCCGGAGGCGGGUGAAGGUCUUCGACUCUGGAGGGGGCGUAUGCGCGCACCAGUUCGGAGAGAAGGGGCACGCGGCGCAGGACGUUCGGUACGCGCUGGACGUCGCCGUCACCUCCGACUGCCACGUGGUUGUGACCGACGCCGGUGACCGCUCUGUCAAAGUGUUUGACUUUUUGGGCCAGGUCCGGCUUGUCAUUGGAGGCCAGUUCUCCUUACCUUGGGGCGUGGAGGCCACACCUCAGAACGGGGUCCUGGUCACUGAUGCCGAGGCGGGGUCCCUGCACCUCGUGGAAGCGGACUUCCCCGAAGGGGUCCUGCGGAGAAACGAAAGGCUGCACGCUCAUCUGUGCAGCCCCCGGGGGGUGGCCGUGUCGUGGCUCAGCGGGGCCAUCGCCGUCCUGGAGCACCCCCUGUCCCCGGGGACCCGGCCCUGCAGCACCAGGGUGAAAGUGUUCAGCGCGGACAUGCAGCUUCUCAGCCAGGUGGACACCUUCGGGCUGAGCCUCUUCUUUCCCUCCCCAAUAACUGUCUCCGCUGUGACCUUUGAUCGGCUGGGGAACGUGAUUGUGGCCGAUACCUCCGGCCCAGCCAUCCUCUGCUUAGGAAAACCCGAGGAUUUCCCAGUGCUGAAGCCCGUGGUCACCCAGGGGCUGGCCCACCCUGUGGCACUGGCCUUCACCAAGGAGAAUUCACUGCUUGUGCUGGACACUGCGUCCCAUUCUGUAAAAGUCUACAAGGUCAAUCAGGGGUGACGGAGUGCUGGGAACCCGGGCUGGAGUCAGAAGUCCUGGUGCUGUCACUAGUGAAUUGUCACUUAACUUCUCCAUGCAGGCAGAGAUAAUAGUGACCGCUUGGCAGCAUUACAAAGGUUGGGGCAAUUAUUCAAGAGAAAUCAUUAAAGCCACCAUUUAUUGAAAAUAUUUUCCCCAUGCUAAGAAAUUUUCGAGUGUUAGCUCAUUUAAUUCUUAAUAACAAGUGAGGUAAUUAUUAUUUAUCCCACUUUAGAGUUGAAAAACAUCUAAAGAGCUUAAGUGACUUUCCCAUGGUCACCUUUGCUUAGCGUGACAGUCACAAUGUAAGUGCAAUAACUCCAACUCCUUGCUGUUAAAUGAGAUAGAUAUGGGGGGGAAUGUGUGAAGAUAAAUUGUUGCUGUGUGCACUCCCUUUACAAGUAGCUAGUUAUUUUAGUUUGAUGCACAAAGAACAGGGUCUUUAUAGAGAGUUCAUGGGGGUUUGUAGUGGGCGUCAGUUGAGUUGGGUUUACAACUCCUUAGAUGAUAGACUGGAUGAAGUUACUAUUGAUCCUGAUUACUUGAAUAAGAAAACAAUGGAACUGCUGAUUGAAAGAGUGUUCGUAUCCUUUUGGUUCAGUGUAUGUGUCACCUCUUCUACAGACACUCAGGAAAUAGGCCACUUGGGUUGGUUAAGGCGGGCAGAACACUACAAACUAUUGUCCAGGCUGAUGAUGCUCCUGUUACAUCUCUAUGUUAAUAAGGGCAUAAGUUGCUACAAUAGUAGAGUCCUGGCAGAAAUGACUGCUUGCCAUUCUAUAAUUGAAGGUGGAAUUUUUCUCUGUACAAUUUAAAUUUGUCCCAUGAUGUAAACACUGUACUCAAUAAACAGUUCUCUAUCCUUUCAGGCCCCUGGGAUGACCACAAACUUCUUGAAUUGAAGGGUGACCUUA